AUGAGUGAAUCCGGCGAAGAUUGGACGGACGACGAACUCUUCCACUCGGAUGACGAGUCAGACUCAGACACUUCUCAGAUCAUGUACCAGCAAGAUAUUGGCUUACAUUUACUCGAGGCGGAAACAAGCCCACCUCAGAAGGCUGAAAUUUUGACCGCUCAAACAAACAAAUCUCGCAGCAAAUCUCGCACCGAGAAAGUCGGCAAGAAGGGUAAAAAGACAUUUGGACUGCCUCUUGAUCGUCCAUCAUUUCAAACUUUCAUCGACCACGGAACUACCCUUGAUCGCCAAGGUUAUCCCCUUUUUCCCAAUGGAUCAACCGUUUUCGUAAAACAGCCGAAACAAGAGUGUGCCAAUUGGCUCACUGUUGGUUUUGUUAGCACGACUUCAGGAGGUGGUACCAGCAAGCGACCUGACUGGCGGACAGUCCGUUUCACUUGCCUAGGCGUCGUUGUUUGCAAUAACCCUGAUUGCGACAAUCUUGGUGCACCGCCGACUGGCAAAGGCAAGAUUGACGCAUGGUUAUCUAAACCACGGAAGUGUGACGCGGCACUUUGCAACGAUUACCUCCGACUCAUUAAGUGCAAAGACACCAUCUGUCGGGUGGAUGAGCACAUUCCAUCUGGAUGGGGUGUUUUACGACACUCAGGUGUUCAUGACCAUCCUUGGCCAAGACGUAGGAAGCCAGACAAGCUCGCUUUGGAAGACUUUGCUCAAAAGGUAAUUGAGAAUCCCAAUAUGGGACCUUUGCAACAUAAAGUUGGUCGGGCCCCCGCGGGAAAAGGCGAAAUCACCACGGCUCGCAAUUACCACCCUUCGUUGGCCAAUCUGCAUCGCUUAGGGUAUUAUCGACGUUGGAUUCUGGUGAACAACGGAAUCAUUCCUGAGAAGAAAAUCCCGGGUUCAGGCGACAAUUUCAUUUUGGACAUGGAAACUUGGGCUGAUGUAUAUACCGGUGGACUUUUAUCGGAUGUAACUUACAAAUUCUUUGCAAAUGGAUAUUUGCUCUCAACCUCAAUGUACAGUGACGUACUUCAGAGGUGGAUACCAAUUCAAUUGACAUGGUUAAGAGGACUCAGUCAAAAGCAUUAUCUAGCUCACUUCAAAACAUUGAUGAAGCAGAUCAAAGAUUCCGACCUUUCAGUUGAAGAACGCGAUACACUUGUUCGAAAUGUGGUGGAUUUCUCCUUAGCUCAGAAGAAUGGUUUCAUUAGCGCGUAUAUGUCAGUUUUCAACGAGACGGAUCACAAUGUCGCAUUGUCAAAGCUGCGCGGUUGCAAAGAACAUUUCAGGCAACAAAUUACACGUUUGAAGAGGAACAAUGCGAUCAUUCCACGCGGUAAAGAGGGUGAUUUUGAAGACCUUGCCAUGAGUUUGUGCGACCGAGAUGUUCCAGGAGGAAAAACUUACGAUGAAAAGGUGGACACAUUACGAAGGGAUUUCCCCCAAACUAAACGGUGGAUAGAUUGGUGGCAAGCGAGCAACAUUCAGGCGAUGUUAUUCAAAUCGCGACGGAAGCAAAUUGAUGAUGAUGGCCUUGAUGAUGAUAUGCCCGAAACUACCAAUGCCCAGGAGUCAAUUCACCGGGUUUAUUACAUGAUUUCUGAAGGUAACUGUACCGUUCAAGUGGGACUUGUGCAACUUUACGCUUUGGUCAUGAGCCUCCAAAAGGAUCACGUUGACCUUUGUCGAGGUGUCACCAUUGCGUACGGAUCUACUAAGAAUUAUGAGAAAGUAGCGCAAAUUCUUGGUUGGGCCAAAAAGACCAGGAAAAAUCGUGAACCAAAGAAUGAUGGACAACCUCCCGACACAACAGAGGCUCUUCUGGGUGUUGUUUCCAAAAAAAAAAAGGUGGGCCGCCCAAAAGGAUUGCUCAACGUAGACCGCAACCCAGUGACAACCUUCCAAGGUUUCAGAAGUUCCACGGUAACUGGUCGCCGCAACAGAUGCUGGAUGAACUCGAUGUCAGAGUGUCUAUACGCGCUUUCGACUCCUUUUUGGUUCACCGGUUCAAAAGGGAAGUCACUUCACGUCUACAACGUCUUGAUGAAUCUCUUUUCUACACGCGCAACAUGGGAAGUACACCAAUCCGGCAACAUCCGUACCAUACUUAAACAAAAGGCAAAUGUAAUUGCAGAUGAAGAUGAAGACCACAAAGAAGAACAACCAGUGAAAUCACCGUCGAAAAAGGACGAUGAUGAAGGUCAAUUGACCGGGAAGGGUCAAGAAGUGAAACCGCCAGAACGGAGAGUUAGAGCCAAACCGUACAAACGAAAGUUAAAUGACAACAAAGAUGAAGAACCUCCGCCAACAAACAUGCAAUCCAAGAAACUUCGGGUCAACUUACAUCCUGCGGCCAAUGUCGCAGAAACCGCCGCUGAUACACACGAGGUUGCUGAAACAAAACCAACAUCAAGCCCUUCCAAAGGUCAAGGUCCAAAAAAAUUGAAGGGUUGGAAAGGGUAUGCCUUGAUUGAUGUGGAAGAUGAUGAUAAGGAAGAGGUUAAGGGAUCCAGUCAAGAGAAUGGUCACGGAAACGGUAAAUUGCGGAAGUCAAAGCUCCCUAUGUUUGCGGUGUAA